UGAAUAUCAGGCACUUAGUUCAAACAGAUCUGGGACCAGGCUAGCCCUUGUUUGAAUAUCAGGCACUUAGUUCAAACAGAUCUGGGACCAGGCUAGCCCUUGUUUGAAUAUCAGGCACUUAGUUCAAACAGAUCUGGGACCAGGCUAGCCCUUGUUUGAAUAUCAGGCACUUAGUUAAAACAGAUCUGGGACCAGGCUAGCCCUUGUUUGAAUAUCAGGCACUUAGUUCAAACAGAUCUGGGACCAGGCUAGCCCUUGUUUGAAUAUCAGGCACUUAGUUCAAACAGAUCUGGGACCAGGCUAACCCUUGUUUGAAUAUCAGGCACUUAGUUCAAACAGAUCUGGGACCAGGCUAGCCCUUGUUUGAAUAUCAGGCAGUUAGUUCAAACAGAUCUGGGACCAGGCUAGCCCUUGUUUGAAUAUCAGGCACUUAGUUCAAACAGAUCUGGGACCAGGCUAGCCCUUGUUUGAAUAUCAGGCAGUUAGUUCAAACAGAUCUGGGACCAGGCUAGCCCUUGUUUGAAUAUCAGGCAGUUAGUUCAAACAGAUCUGGGACCAGGCUAACCCUUGUUUGAAUAUCAGGCACUUAGUUCAAACAGAUCUGGGACCAGGCUAACCCUUGUUUGAAUAUCAGGCACUUAGUUCAAACAGAUCUGGGACCAGGCUAGCCCUUGUUUGAAUAUCAGGCACUUAGUUCAAACAGAUCUGGGACCAGGCUAGCCCUUGUUUGAAUAUCAGGCAGUUUGUUCAAACAGAUCUGGGACCAGGCUAGCCCUUGUUUGAAUAUCAGGCAGUUAGUUCAAACAGAUCUGGGACCAGGCUAACCCUUGUUUGAAUAUCAGGCACUUAGUUCAAACAGAUCUGGGACCAGGCUAACCCUUGUUUGAAUAUCAGGCAGUUUGUUCAAACAGAUCUGGGACCAGGCUAACCCUUGUUUGAAUAUCAGGCACUUAGUUCAAACAGAUCUGGGACCAGGCUAGCCCUUGUUUGAAUAUCAGGCACUUAGUUCAAACAGAUCUGGGACCAGGCUAACCCUUGUUUGAAUAUCAGGCAGUUAGUUCAAACAGAUCUGGGACCAGGCUAACCCUUGUUUGAAUAUCAGGCAGUUCGUUCUAACUGAUCUGGGACCAGGCUAGCCCUUGUUUGAAUAUCAGGCACUUAGUUCAAACAGAUCUGGGACCAGGCUAACCCUUGUUUGAAUAUCAGGCAGUUAGUUCAAACAGAUCUGGGACCAGGCUAACCCUUGUUUGAAUAUCAGGCACUUAGUUCAAACAGAUCUGGGACCAGGCUAGCCCUUGUUUGAAUAUCAGGCACUUAGUUCAAACAGAUCUGGGACCAGGCUAACCCUUGUUUGAAUAUCAGGCAGUUAGUUCAAACAGAUCUGGGACCAGGCUAGCCCUUGUUUGAAUAUCAGGCAGUUAGUUCAAACAGAUCUGGGACCAGGCUAACCCUUGUUUGAAUAUCAGGCAGUUAGUUCAAACAGAUCUGGGACCAGGCUAGCCCUUGUUUGAAUAUCAGGCAGUUAGUUCAAACAGAUCUGGGACCAGGCUAGCCCUUGUUUGAAUAUCAGGCACUUAGUUCAAACAGAUCUGGGACCAGGCUAACCCUUGUUUGAAUAUCAGGCAGUUAGUUCAAACAGAUCUGGGACCAGGCUAGCCCUUGUUUGAAUAUCAGGCACUUAGUUCAAACAGAUCUGGGACCAGGCUAACCCUUGUUUGAAUAUCAGGCAGUUAGUUCAAACAGAUCUGGGACCAGGCUAACCCUUGUUUGAAUAUCAGGCAGUUCGUUCUAACUGAUCUGGGACCAGGCUAACCCUUGUUUGAAUAUCAGGCAGUUAGUUCAAACAGAUCUGGGACCAGGCUAGCCCUUGUUUGAAUAUCAGGCAGUUCGUUCUAACUACUCUCAUGACCAUUUUAGAACCUGUCUAGAACAUGUCAAAUUGACAGAUUUUUGUCUAAUAUAACUUUUUUCGUUUCCUCUCUUCUCCUCCAUUCCCACCGAUCCAGGGCGGCAUUUGCCAAGGAGUCAGAGGUGCUGACGGGUAACCUGGGUGACAAGCUGAUCCCGCAGAACGAGAUCCUGCGUGACGUGAGCGACCUGAAGGCCCUGGCCAACCUGCAGGAGAGCAUGGAGUGGCUGGCCUCCAGACUCAAAGGCUUCUUCAUCAACCUGCCCCACGCCGCCAGUGGGUCUCCAGGCUCGGACCCCCAGGUGACCAAUGAGAGCGUCCGCAGCAGGGACCAGAUCCUCCAGACUCUGACUGACCUGUCCAGGGCCUUCCAGGACAUCGCUGACCGCUGUCUGCUGGUCCUCCACCUGGAGGUCAGAGUGCAUUGUUUCCACUACCUGAUCCCCCUGGCCAAGCAGGGGAACUAUGCCAUCGUGGCCAACGUGGAGAGCAUGGACUACGACCCCUUGGUGGUCAAACUCAACAAGGACAUCAGUGCCAUCGAGGAGGUGAUGGGUGCUGCGCUGCAGCAGCACAAGUUCCAGUACAUCUUUGAAGGUCUUGGCCACCUGAUCUCCUGUAUUCUGAUCAAUGGAGCCCAGUACUUUAAGAGGAUCAGUGAGUCUGGCAUCAAGAAGAUGUGUAGGAACAUCUUUGUCCUGCAGCAGAACCUCACCAACAUCACCAUGUCUAGAGAGGCCGACCUGGACUUCGCUAGGCAGUACUAUGAGAUGCUGUACAACGCUGCAGAUGAGCUGCUCAACCUGGUGGUGGACCAGGGCGUUCGCUACACAGAGCUGGAGUACAUCCACGCCCUCAGCCUGCUGCAGAGGAGCCAGACGGGCGUGGGAGACCUGAGCACGCAGAACGUCCGGCUGCAGCGCCUCAAGGAGAUCAUCUGCGAGCAGGCAGCCUUCAAGCAGGCCACCAAGGACAAGAAGAUCACUACUGUUUGAGAGGGGGGACAUUGGGAGGCUGUUGUUGGCAAUGGUCUGUUUGCAUUACUGUCCAGUGUUUCUCAACCUCCUGUCUGGAAAAAGGGUUUAGAUUAAAGCUAGUAUUUUAGAGCUGACCUAGCAGUGUCAGCUAACCUUCUGAGGGACUGGUCAGCACCUCCACAGGGACGGGUGUUGAACUGCGUUUGUAAAAGUCCUAACUGAGUCUUCAUUAGAUCCUAUGGCAGACCGUAAAUAACCAUGUAAUAUGUUUUGGGGGUUGAGAUAAUGCUGGUAGGCUGUACAUUGAGUAGUUACUGAUUUAAGGUUUGAACUUAGUUACCAAUAUGCAUCUGUUGUUGUAACUCAUCUGCUUAUUCACUGGCAAGAAUGCAGCCAGUUCCUCAAGAAAUCACACACACACACUCUCCAAUUUAAAAAAUGACUCCCUUCAAUCAUCCCAUAUGUGGUCGGCCCUAGUCUCACCUGUGGAGAAUGGGGGAAUUUUCUGAGAGUCUGGUUUUGGGGCCUUUCUCAUCUCAUUGUCUUAUUACAUCUAACUGCUGCUCUCAAUUACAGCUCUCCCUCCAGCUCUCCCUCGUGGGCCCGCUGACUGUGUCUGCAAUACCAGAUGCCAGAUUAGACUGUCGAGAUUAUCACUUCUCUCCUCCUGCUUGUGGCCAUUUUGUGGCCAUUCUUCUUCCCCAAGGACAAAGAAAGAAAUUGAUUCCCCACCUCAGCUGUGGUUCACUCUAUUUCUCUCUCACUUUUAGAAUAAUGUAGAUUGGAUAUAAUGUAGCUAUAGCCGAUUCUGAUUAUAGUAUUUGCCACUGUCCUGAAAAAAUACGUUAACUGUGCUGCAGCGUUGAGGUGUGCAUGUGUGCUAGAGGAUGGGGGCCAAUGUAUCCAGUACAAUUUAAGUGUGUAUAUAGUCCCAACACUCAAGGUCUUGAACUUAAUAGGGAUGUAAUUGCAAAUCACUACUCCCCUUCCUACCACUACAACUGCUAAAACUUCUGCUAAAACUAUUCUAAAGUGAAUACACUUGCAAGGAGUCACAAAUCAUUCCUUCCCCUGCAUCCCCUCAGUAUGUUUAGUUAAUUAACUCAGAGGAAAAGUACUUAACAAGAGCGGGGGAGGGAGUAAAGAGAACAGGGGAGAGUUGUGGCAGUGCUGCUCACCAGAACCCAGCGGAACCAUCCAUCAUAAUGACAUGUAGGCUGGGAUCAAUAUGAGCCUUGUGGUUGCCGGAGGGAUUGCCUAGUGCCAUAGGAAAAGCAUUUAUUUUACUCAGCACACUCAAGACACACACAUACACGUACACACACACAACAAACACGUCCUAUAUUACACACACACACUAUGGAGGUCUCUAUGGCUUGCAGUACUCUGCACAAGUGAGGAGUUUUUUUCUGCUGAUUCUGUGAACAAGAGAACACUCCAUCUGGAUUUAAAUGAUCUGGUAUAUCGGACCCCUAUACCCACAUUUUAAAUAAUGUAAAGAUCUACAAAAAUAUUUCACUUUUUUUUUUUUUUUACGCUUUGCUUUAUUUGUUUGUUUAAGACAUGUCGUUUUGCACAUCUACAGUGUGUAAUAUGAGAGUGGUUUCAUGUCUGAUGAGUUUUUUCACAAACACCUGAUAAGAACGGAGGUUAAUGAGUCCCUGUGUGAUUUAAGGAUUAAUUUGAUAAUUUCUCCAUUGUCUGUUAAAAGUCCCUUUCAGACCAAUGCCUUGAAUAGCAAUCCUACACUGAAUUAAAGAUGACUUGCCAUUGUGUACACUGAUCUUGCUGAAAUAAAACAUCAACAUUCCUCUGUG